CAGCAAGAACUGUGCAGACACACACACACGGGGAUUCAGGGACAGCAGCCCCUUGCACUGGGAUCUAGAGCCACAGCGCGAAAGACAGUUGAAGAAAACACUCAACUAACGCAACACAAUGGCAGACAAAAUCAAGGAUGCAAAGAUCAUCUUUGUCGUGGGUGGGCCUGGCUCUGGAAAGGGCACCCAGUGUGAGAAGAUAGUUGCAAAGUAUGGCUACACCCACCUGUCUUCUGGGGAUCUGCUCCGUGCUGAAGUGGCCUCUGGCUCUGAGAGGGGCAAAACGCUCCAGGCCAUCAUGCAAAAGGGAGAGCUUGUGCCACUGGACACAGUCUUAGACAUGAUUAAGGAUGCCAUGAUCGCCAAGGCUGAUGUCUCCAAGGGCUUCCUUAUUGAUGGCUACCCCCGUGAGGUGAAGCAGGGUGAGGAGUUUGAGAAGAAGAUCGGCAAACCCUGCCUGCUGCUGUACGUUGACGCAAAAGCAGAGACCAUGGUCAAGAGGCUUAUGAAGCGUGGUGAGACCAGCGGCCGUGCUGAUGAUAAUGAGGAGACCAUCAAGAAGCGCCUGGACUUGUACUACAAAGCAACAGAGCCAGUAAUCGCCCAUUAUAAUGGCCGUGGCAUUGUCAGGAAGGUUGACUCUGAAUUGCCUGUGGAUGAAGUCUUCAGCCAAGUCAGCAAAGCUAUUGAUGCACUGAAGUAAAACAACAUAACUAGAUGAGCCGUGUCUGGUUGUUGUUGUUGUUGUUUUGUUUUCUCAGUGUCUAUUUCAUAAGGACAAAACAUGAGCAACAACAGAAAUAAUACCCUUCCCACUCAUCUUGGUAAGAAAUAUUGAAGCCUUAACUCUACUUCUAAUCCAGCAAUAAGAAUCUACAUUUUCAAACUCACAGAACAAUUAAUCUGUUUAUACAUACCAGCACCUGCAAAUCCACAUGUGUCUAUAUUUAAGUCUUGUUUCCAUUCUGUGCUGAACAUGUAUGUGGAUGUACCCAGCUCAAAGGCUACUGUAUAAGGGUGCAAGAGGCGAAAAAUAUUUUACACAGGAGGUGUGAACAAUCCUCUAACCUUUAAUGCACCUGCUCACUCUGGGGAAAACCUGCACUUUACACAUUGUUUUCCUCCCACUCUUAACCAUGCCAUAGAGAGUCCAGAGUUCAUGAGAAAAUAAAAGACUCAUUUUGGUUGUGUCAUUACACAAUGGUAGAGAUCAUC